AUGCAACAACAUAAAAAAAACAUUUACUUGACAGGUGAAGGUAGAUUUCCUUGGUACAGACCUGAUGGAAAGUCUUUUGAACCUUAUUUAAUCGGUGUAGCAGGUGGAAGUGCUAGUGGAAAAACCGCUGUCUCGGAACGAAUAAUAAAGAACCUCAAUGCACCGUGGGUAGUUCUUUUAAGCAUGGAUUCAUUUUAUAAACCGUUGACCCCAGAGCAAAAAAUUGCUGCAUAUAAAAAUGACCAUAAUUUCGAUCAUCCAAACUCAUUUGAUUAUGAUCUGUUAUUGGAAACACUACAGAAUUUAAAAGAAGGGAGGCGAGUUGAAAUACCAAUGUAUGAUUUCGUAACACAUUCUCGCUUUUUGUCGACACAGAUGCAGAUAUUAGACUCGCUCGUAGAUCGGGAUAUCAAUGAACGAGGUCGUGAUUUACAUGGUGUUUUGCAGCAAUAUACCCGAUUCGUGAAACCAUCUUAUGAUGAUUUUAUUCAUCCUACUGUGAAAAAUGCACAUGUGCGACAACUACAUGAACGGAAACUUAGUUUUCGAUGGGAACUAGCGAAAAUCGAAUGCAGUGCCGAGGUACCUGCAAAUGUUAUUUUACUUAAAGAGACUCCGCAGUUGAAGGGCAUUCAUACGAUAAUUCGUGAUCACACAACACAACGAGAUGAUUUUAUAUUUUAUGCUGAGAGAUUGGCUACUUUGGUGGUUGAACGUGGAUUAGAAGAAUUACCUUUUAAAAACGUAGAAGCCACGACUCCAUUAAAUAUAAAUUAUUUGGGGAAACAACUUGAUGCGCAGCUUUGUGGUGUUUCCAUUUUACGUGCUGGCGCAACGAUGGAAAAUGGUCUUCGGCGCGUUCAUAAAGAUGCAUUAAUCGGGAAAAUUCUUAUUCAGUCUAAUCCGUCUACUGGAGAACCACAGCUUCAUUUUCUGAAGCUACCAAAUAAUAUAAGCCGAUGUUAUGUUCUUUUAAUGGAUGCACAGAUAGCUACCGGAGCUGCCGGUUUAAUGGCCAUUCGCGUCCUCUUGGAUCAUGACGUACCAGAGGAACGAAUCAUUUUUCUGACAUUCCUUGCAUCACCUCAAGGACUCCACGCAAUUGCUAACGCUUUUCCAAAAGUAAAAGUGUGUACCUCAAUGGUCGACCCAAAGAUCAAUGAAAAUACUUUGUAUAUAGAGCCAGGAAUGGGAAACUUUGGAG